AUGGCGGACGCACUCCUCUCGGCUUCUCUUCAAGUUCUAUUCGAAAGGUUGGCUUCUCCGGAGCUCGUCAACUUCAUCCGGGGACAGAAGCUUAGCCAAGAACUCCUCACCGACUUUAAGAGGAAAUUGCUGGUUGUCCACAAAGCGCUCAAUGAUGCGGAGGUGAAGCAAUUUUCAGACCCACUGGUCAAAGAGUGGCUGGUCCAAGUUAAGGAUGUUGUGUAUCAUGCGGAGGACCUGUUGGACGAGAUCGCUACCGAAGCCUUGCGGUGCGAGAUAGAAGCUGCUGAGGUCCAAACUGGCGGAAUUUAUCAGGUGUGGAACAAGUUCUCUACCAGGGUUAAGGCUCCCUUUGCCAACCAAAGCAUGGAGUCCAGGGUCAAGGGCUUGAUGACCAGACUUGAAAACAUUGCAAAAGAAAAAGUUGAGCUUGAGCUGAAAGAAGGUGAUGGUGAGCAACUGUCACCAAAAUUACCAUCCUCUUCUUUGGUGGAUAACUCCUUCGUGUACGGCAGGGGUGAAAUUAAGGAGGAGUUGGUGAAGUGGUUGCUUUCUGACAAGGAAACUGCAGCAGCCAACAACGUCUUAGAUGUGAUGUCCAUAGUGGGCAUGGGCGGCAGCGGCAAGACCACACUCGCUCAGCUUCUCUAUAACGAUGACAGAGUGAAGGAACACUUUCACCUGAAAGCAUGGGUCUGUGUUUCCACGGAGUUUCUUCUUAUCGGUGUAACCAAAUCAAUUCUUGAGGCAAUCGGUUGUAGACCUACUUCCGAUCACAGCCUAGAUUUGCUUCAACGUCAACUCAAAGACAACCUUGGCAACAAGAAAUUUCUGCUCGUUCUCGACGACGUCUGGGAUGUGGAGUCUCUUCAUUGGGAAAGUUGGGAUAGACUACGAACUCCACUCCACGCUGCAGCCCAGGGAAGCAAGAUUGUUGUGACCAGUCGUAGCGAAACUGUUGCAAAAGUCAUGCGUGCAAUCCAUACUCAUCAGCUGGGAACAUUAAGUCCUGAAGAUAGUUGGUCCCUAUUUACAAAACUUGCAUUUCCAAAUGGAGACCCCUGCGCUUAUCCUCAGCUUGAACCCAUAGGCAGAGAGAUUGUGAAGAAGUGCCAAGGAUUGCCUUUGGCUGUGAAAGCACUCGGGAGUCUCUUGUACUCUAAGCCCGAAAGAAGAGAAUGGGGAGAUAUUUUGAAUAGCAAAACAUGGCAUUCUCAGACUGAUCAUGAAAUUCUUCCAUCUCUUAGAUUGAGUUAUCAGCAUCUUUCUCUACCUGUGAAGCGUUGUUUUGCUUACUGUUCAAUUUUUCCCAAGGACUAUGAAUUCUACAAAGAGAAGCUGAUUCUAUUAUGGAUGGCAGAAGGGCUUUUAUACUCGGGACAAAGUAACAGAAGAAUGGAAGAGGUAGGUGAUUCAUAUUUUAAUGAACUUUUAGCAAAGUCAUUUCUUCAAAAAUGCAUUAGAGGAGAAGAAUCAUGCUUUGUAAUGCAUGAUCUAAUACAUGACUUGGCUCAACAUAUCUCCCAAGAAUUUUGCAUUCGAUUGGAAGAUUAUAAGGUGCAAAAAAUAUCUGAUAAGGCUCGCCAUUUUUUCCACUUUAAAAGUGACGAUGACUGGGCAGUUGUAUUUGAAACUUUUGAGCCUGUUGGUGAAGCCAAACAUCUCAGAACAAUCUUAGAGGUGAAGACAUUAUGGCACCAUCCUGUUUAUUCGUUGAGUACAAGAGUUUUACAAAAUAUAUUACCAAAAUUCAAAUCCUUGCGCGUAUUGUCAUUGUGUGAAUACUGCAUAACAGAUGUGCCUGAUUCAAUACACAAUUUAAAACAGUUGCGAUACUUGGAUCUCUCUACAACAAUGAUUAAAAGAUUACCUGAAUCAAUAUGUUGUUUGUGCAAUUUACAAACAAUGAUGCUGAGUAAAUGUCGCAGUCUUCUUGAAUUGCCUUCGAAAAUGGGGAAGUUGAUUAAUUUGCGCUAUCUUGAUAUUAGCGGGUCUAAUUCAUUGAAAGAAAUGCCAAAUGAUAUAGAUCAAUUAAAAAGUUUGCAGAAAUUGCCUAAUUUUACUGUAGGCCAAAAAAGUGGAUUCAGAUAUGGAGGAUUGUGGAAGCUUUCAGAGAUUCGAGGAAGACUUGAAAUUUCAAAAAUGGAGAAUGUGGUAGGUGUUGAGGAUGCAUUGCAGGCGAAUAUGAAGGAUAAGAAAUACCUUGAUGAGUUAUCCUUGAAUUGGAGUUACGAGAUUAGUCAUGAUGCUAUACAAGAUGAUAUUCUUAACAGGCUAACACCUCAUCCAAAUUUAAAAAAGUUGUCCAUUGGAGGGUAUCCUGGUCUAACAUUUCCAGAUUGGCUUGGAGAUGGAUCACUUUCAAAUCUCGUGUCCCUUCAGCUUUCGAAUUGUGGGAAUUGCUCAACAUUGCCGCCACUGGGGCAGCUACCUUGUCUUGAACAUAUAAAGAUCUCAAAAAUGAGUGGAGUAGUGAUGGUGGGUAGUGAGUUUUAUGGGAAUUCUUCUUCCUCGCUUCAUCCCUCCUUCCCAUCCCUGCAAACUCUAUCAUUUGAAGAUAUGUCCAAUUGGGAGAAAUGGUUAUGUUGUGGAGAAUUCCCUCGUCUCCAGGAGCUUUCUAUAAGGCUAUGUCCAAAACUCACUGGGGAAUUACCAAUGCACCUUUCUUCAUUGCAGGAACUUAACCUUGAAGAUUGUCCGCAACUGCUUGUGCCUACACUCAACGUUCCUGCUGCCCGUGGAUUGCAGUUGAAAAGGCAAACUUGUGGGUUCACAGCUAGUCAAACUUCAAAAAUUGAAAUUUCAGACGUCUCUCAGUUGAAGCAACUUCCACUGGUACCCCACUAUCUCUACAUUAGAAAAUGUGAUUCUGUGGAGUCUCUACUAGAGGAGGAAAUGCUGCAAACCAACAUGUACAGUUUGGAAAUUCGUGAAUGCUCUUUUUACAGAUCCCCAAACAAAGUUGGCUUACCCAGUACAUUGAAAUCAUUAUCAAUCUCUAACUGUACCAAAGUGGACCUUCUUCUACCUGAGUUGUUCAGAUGCCAUCACCCGGUUCUCGAAAAUCUAUCAAUCAAUGGCGGUACCUGUGAUUCUCUCUCGUUGUCCUUCUCAAUAUUGGACAUCUUCCCCAGGUUGACUGAUUUCGAAAUAAAUGGUCUUAAGGGGCUUGAGGAGCUCUGCAUCUCGAUUUCAGAGGGGGAUCCCACAUCUCUUCGUAAAUUGAAAAUCGAAGGGUGCCCUAAUCUUGUAUACAUCCAACUGCCCGCUCUCGAUUCGAUGUGCCAUGAGAUUUGCAAUUGCUCCAAUCUCAAAUUGAUGGCGCACACCCAUUCAUCUCUGCAGAACCUGUGUUUAGAGGAUUGUCCAGAAUUGUUGUUGCACAGAGAGGGUUUGCCUUCCAACCUACGGGAACUUGAAAUAGGGCGCUGCAACCAUUUCACGUCACAGGUGGACUGGGAUUUGCAAAGACUGACCUCUCUUACUCAUUUCACAAUCAGAGGUGGAUGUGAAGACGUGGAAUUAUUUCCCAAGGAGUGCCUGCUGCCCUCUUCUCUAACUUAUCUUUCAAUCGCGAACCUUCCAAAUCUCAAGUCUCUUGACAGUAAAGGGCUUCAGCAACUCACCUCUCUUCUACAAUUACACAUCCAGAACUGCCCUGAGCUCCAAUUCUCGACAGGAUCUGUCCUUCAACGCCUUAUCUCUCUCAAGGAAUUAGGAAUCUACAUGUGCGAAAGGCUCCGAUCCUUGACAGAAGCGGGUCUUCACCACCUCACCACUCUUGAAACCUUAAUUAUCUGGGGUUGCCCUAAGCUCCAAUACUUGACAAAAGAGAGACUGCCAGACUCCCUCUCUUAUCUGUAUGUCAGAGAGUGUCCUUCACUGGGACAACGGUGCCAAUUCGAGAAAGGGCAAGAAUGGCGUUAUAUAUCUCACAUUCCAAAAAUAGUGAUCGAUGAGGUGCUAUUUUAA